GAUACGGCUGAACAGAACUCUCUACAGCCCCUCUUUGCUCAAGAUUUCUUGGGCACCAGUCUCGCCGCUUCGUGCAUGCAGGCGGCGGCUGGCUGGGUUCUUGGGAUCCUCGCGUCCCGCUGGUCUGCGCCGGCUCCGCCCGCGGACCCGUCCUGCACCUGCAUCUUCAGCGGGCACGAGCCGGGCUCGGGCGUGCUGGACAUCCUCCGGGAGCAGCUCUCGCGCUGCGGCCCGGAGCACCUCGGGGCGGCCUGCCCCGCGUGCCCGGCCUGCGUGUGCCCGCAGUGCCCGGCCCCAGCGGCUCCGUCCGGGGCCGGGGUGCUCGUGGUCCUCGUCGGGCUCGCGAGCUUCGCCGCCGGGGUGGCCGCCGCGGCUGCCUGGCUGCUUCGGGCGGGGCCGCCUCGCGCGGUCCUGCCGCCGCUGGCCCUCGCGGAGGGUCCUGCUGGGGAGCUCGUGGGUGCGGCGACGGCGCUUGACGUUCCGUACGCCCAGUGCCUCGUGCGGUACGACGACGACGAGAACUUCCAAUGGCACCACAGGGUCCUCCUCGUCAAGGGGCCGGACCAAUGGUGGGUGUGGGUCACUCCCGACGGCGAGAUCGCGGCGGCCAACCUGGGGGGCUUCCGAGUGUGCGCCCUCCAGCGUGGGGGGGCCUUCCCCGACCGCUACCGUGGCAACAUGUACGUGUUCGACGAUGCCGAUGUGGACGCCGAGGAGAUGCACCAGUACUACCGCGAGGCGCGGGCGCUGGGGGACAUCCUCGGGUACCCCGCCUCAGCGGCCCCCCUCGCGCGGGACGAGCGGUGGUUCGUCUCGGACCCGACCUCGCCCCACUAUGGCGAAGAGGUGCCCGCGGCCUCCGUGGGCAACGACGAGGUGCUCAUCCGCCGGGGCGAGGUGGGCCUCGUGCUGAUCGACGACGUCUGGCAGACGGCGGUGCGUGUCGAGGCCGGCGGCUCCUUCGAGGAGUGGCAGGCUCGGGCGCGUGGAGGUCCUGGUCGGGACCCGCGCAUCGCUGGCGACGAGCGGGACGAGGAGAAGGAUCGCUUCAUGAGCUUCCGCACCUCCGUCUCGAAGAUGCGAGAGCAGGCCAUCCCUGGGUGGCCCCUCAAAGGGAAGCGGGCUACGCGCGAGGCUUGCCUCGCCCUUCGGGAUGCCGGACAGGAGGGUUGGGACGAACACCACACGACGUGGGUCAGGAGGUCCGGCAUCCCGGAGAAGAGCAACACCGCCCGCGAGCACCGGAUGCUCUGCUCCGUGCUCCGCAUCAUGCAGCAGUUCGACCAGCUGGACCUCUACAACGUGGCGGGGGUGGAGUACAUGGUGCGCCGCUUGAAGCAGCUCGAGGCUGCCACCAGGCGCAACCCGAGGCAGCCCGACUUCGACGGGCUCGACGUGGUGCUGGACGCCGCCAUCUACGAGUCCGGCGGGUUCGUGCUCCCGGCCUUCGACGCCUGGGUCGGCGAGCAGCAGCGGUCCGAGGCGGCCAUCAUGAAGGCGGGGAGGCAGUGGCGGGAGGAGACUUCGGCGAGCGGCUCGAAGGACAAGCCGCCGAAGCACCCCAAGAAGGCCGUUCGCUCGAUCAACGACCUCUCCCGUGCCUCGGUCCACGGGUUCGGCAGCGUGCCAGCCCGUGGCUCCACCACGCCCGGCGCGCCCUCCGCCACGCAGGCCAGCUGCCUCGCUCACCUGCGUCGCAACAUCGGCCGGCACGGCCCACGGCCGCCUGGGCUCACACCUCGCGGAGCCCUUCAGGAGCUCCUCAAGUCCGACUCGCUGUACGCCGGGGCGCCCUCCAAGGUCGCACCCUACAGCGAGGACAAGCUCAAGUUCUGGAAGUCGAAGAUCGUCCCGAAGCGCGUCGAGGACAUCUGCCCCGACUUCGUCGUCCGCGCCUUCGCCGACCCCGAUCGGUACGUGCGGAAGCCGGACAGGGUCUUCUUGGCUGAUGCGGAGGGGCUCGACCCCAUCGUGCCCUACUGGGACCCUCACCUCGCUGGCUCGCCCGACGCGCGGGUCAGGUUUGUCCGCCGCCUGGCGGAACGAGGCCUUGUCGGCUACCGUCGGCGCAUUCGUGCUCGCGUGGGCUGCUUCUUCGUCGAGAAGAAGGGGGGGUUCAUCAGGCUCGUGGUCGACGCCCGCGAGACGAACCGGACCCACUGGAGCCCACCGCACGCUGCCCUCGGGACCCCGGCCGCGCUGGCGGAGCAGGACUGGGCGGACGCUGCCCUGGGAGCCUCCGACGCGACCUCGGCGCCCGCCAUCUACGGUGCCUCGCUCGACCUGGCCGACAGCUUCUACCAGUUCUGCUCGGACGCCCUCGCCGAGGACUUCGGCAUGGACUACCCCGAGCCCGCGUCGGUGUACGGGGCGACGCACGUCUGGGAGGACGGCCGCCUCAUCCCCGUCGGCGCCGACGACGUGGUGUUCCCCGCCUUCCGUGGCGUCGCCAUGGGCUGGAGCUGGGCCCUUUGGGUCGUUCACUCCUCGGUCACUUCGUGGGUGGGUCACGCGCUCACGGGCGGGCCUGCGAGCCUCGUCUUGGACCGUCAGCCGCCGCGCCCGGCGGCCCCUGGCAGGCCCGCCGGCUCCGUCUACGUCGACAACGUGGGGAUCCUGGGUCUCUCCGCCGCCGAUGCCGCGGCGGGCCUGGCCAGUGUCAUGGAGGAGCUCGACCGCCGGGGCAUCGUGUACCACGAGGUCUGCGAGCCGUCCCUCGAGUUCGGUAUGGUGGGCGUGGAGUAUGAUGGCGUCCGUCGGACUCUGCGUCAUUCCGACGAGCGGGCCUGGCGGCUCUACCUCGCCUGCCUGGAGCUGGAGCGCCCGGGCGUGCCCCGUGCCGCGUGGCAGGUGCGGGUCGUCCUCGGACACUUCAUCCAGCACUGCCUCCUCCUGCGGCCGGCCAUGUCCAUCUUCCGCCACCUCUACAGGUACGUGGACGAGUGCCGGCUCGGGCCGCCUUCCCCUCUACCGAGUCCCGCUCGACAGGAGGUCCGCGUCUUCCGAGGGCUCAUCUUCCAGGCGGUCGUCGACCUCGCCGCGCCCGUGUCGGACAUCGUGCUCUGCUCCGACUCCUCCGAGGCGGGCUACGCCCUACACCGCCGGCGCUGCGACCCCGAGGCGGUGCGCCGACUCGCGCGCCUUCGGGAGCGCUGGCGCUUCACGCCCGACGAGAAGCGGCCCGAGGCCCUGGAGGACGACACCUACACGCCCGGCUGGCUUCCUGGCGCUGGAGGGGUGCUCGGUGAGGGGGACCCCAGCUGCGGCAUCGCGACCUGGGCCCCGCCGCCGAGGAGGGCCGACGAGCGCCCCCACGGCACCGUGCGGGCUCGGGUUGCACAGGCACCGCGGCGCGCGACCUUCGAGGACAUCCCCGACGAGCUCGUCGCCCCAGAAGCCUGGUCGCUGGUCGUGGAGGGUGCAUGGAGGACGCGGGCGCCCAUCCAUAUCCUGGAGGCCCGGAUCGCCCUCGCGGGGCUUCGGCACGCCUCCAGGAGCCUCGAGUGCCACGGGCGCCGCGUCCUCAGCCUCGGGGACAACAUGGCCGAGGUGCUCUCGACCGAGAAGGGCCGCGCCGUCGACGUCGGCCUCGGCUCCGUGUGCAGGCGCAGUGCCGCCAUCCAGGUGGCCACCGGCAUCCGCUGGCGGCGCCGAUACCUCGACACAGGGAGGAACGUCAGCGAUGGUGGUUCGCGCAAGGCCCUGCAGGGGCUGCUGGCGCUGCGGGCCCCGCUCGGGCUGCCGGUCUUCUCGGGCUGCGGGCGCUGGACCGGUGCCCUGGCCCAGGCGGGCCUCGUCGUCGCGGCCCCCAUGGACAUCAAGCACGGGCCCUGGUGCGACCUCCUCAACCCGAAGGUCGAGUCUCAGGUGCGUUCCUGGAUCACCUCCCGGGCCGUCUGGUUCGUCCACUUCGGCACCCCGUGCACCCCGUGGUCCAUCUCUCGGCGAGGGGCUCGCGAGGUCUCCGCCAUCAGGGCGGCCCGACGGUGUGCUCACGUCACGGUGCGUCUCUUGGAGGUCUGCAGCCGCUACGGGAUCCACUGGUCUCUUGAGAACCCUCAGUCCUCGGGCCUCUUCCGAUGGGCCCCACUCCGGAAGUUCUUGGACCAGCACUCGCGCUCCUGGGCUACCUACCACUGCUGCCGGUUCGGCGCGCCUUACAAGAAGCCCACCACUAUCGUCUCAAGUCUGGGGGCCCUGCACGACAUCGGCCUGCUCUGCGAAGGGGGCCACAGGCACGAGCACUUGUCUGGGAAGGUACGUGUCCGUGCGCCCACGGGAGGGCUCAAGCUUCAGUGGAAGACCACGUUGGCCGGCGCGUACCCCCCGGGCGCCUGCCAUCUCGCUGCCAGCAUCCUGGCAGCGGCGGCGCCGCGCGGCGCCAAGAGGUCGGACGCCGAGCAGUGGGGCGGCGUCUGGGGGCCCCCGAGGGUGACCGCCACGACCGCCGAGCGGUACCACGCCAGCCUGCACGAGUUCGCCGCGCAGAUGGGCCUGGACCCGGCGCGCUGGACCGCCCGCGACCUCCCUGCCGUCGACGCCGCCCUCGACCGCUUCCUCGAGGAGCUCUUCGUAGCCGAGCGGUCGCGGGGCGAUGCUCGGUAUGCGCUGGCGGCUGUCGCCGACCAUUUCAACGUCAGCCUCCGCCAGCCUGGGGUCCUCCCGCUCGCUCGCGCUGCCAUGGCUGGCUGGGGCAAGCUGGAGCCUGACUCGACUUCGGAUCCCCUCCCGUGGUCGGCCGCUGUGCUGAUGGCGUACCACCUGUCGCGGACCGGCGUCGAGUCCGACCUCGAGGCCGCCCGCGGCCUCGUUGUGCAGUUCGACACCUACCUGCGGCCCUCGGAGCUGGUGCUCAUGCCUCUGGUCGCGUGCUUCACGCCGGGCAUGCACGCUGGGGUUCACUACAACAAGUACGGGAUGGUUGUCGCGCCGUCCAGCCAGGUGGCCGGCCAGCUCAUCGGCAUCCGUACCAGCAAGACCGGCGUGCAGGAUGACACCGUCCUCCUUGAUGAAGCCAGUCGACCUGGCGUAGUCGGUGCCUUCGCUGCGCUCAUCCGCCAGGCCCGCCGUGCCCGCUCGCAGACGCUGCUCCCUAGCCACACGUAUGCCUCGUACAAUAAAGUGCUGCAGCGGGCCGCCCGGGCCGUCGGCAUCCCUUUCAAAGUCACGCCUCACCUCGCCAGGCACGGGGGGCCCAGUGAGGACUUCCUCCGCCGUGCCAGGACGCUGCCCGAGAUCCAGGCGCGCGGGCGCUGGGCCUCGUUUCGCAGCGUGCAGAGGUAUGAGAAGGCUGGCCGCCUCCUCGCGGCCAUCCGCAAGCUUCCGCCUGCUGUCCGGUCCGCUGCCUGCAAGGCCGAGGCUCGCG